GUUUGUCAAAUCUGGUUAGUUUCUGUUGUGUUUUUGAUGAACUUCGGUAGUCUCUUCGAUAAUACACCCGGUGGUGGCUCUACCGGAGCAAGACUCCUCUCCGGUUUAAGUUAUGGAAACCACACCGCCGCAACUAACGUUUUACCUGGUGGUGCUAUGGCUCAAGCGGCGGCGGCUGCUAGUCUCUUCUCUCCUCCUCUAACGAAAUCUGUUUACGCUUCUUCAGGCCUCUCUCUAGCCCUCGAACAACCGGAGAGAGGAACAAACCGUGGAGAAGCAUCGAUGAGGAACAAUAACGUCGGAGGAGGCGAUAAUUUCGAUGGGAGUGUGAAUAGAAGAAGCCGAGAAGAGGAACAUGAAAGCAGAUCUGGUAGUGAUAACGUCGAAGGUAUCUCCGGUGAAGAUCAAGACGCCGCCGAUAAGCCUCCUAGGAAGAAACGUUAUCACCGACACACUCCUCAACAAAUCCAAGAACUCGAAUCUAUGUUCAAAGAGUGUCCACAUCCAGACGAGAAACAAAGAUUGGAACUAAGUAAGAGACUUUGCUUAGAGACAAGACAAGUCAAGUUCUGGUUCCAGAAUCGUCGGACUCAGAUGAAGACUCAAUUAGAGAGGCAUGAGAACGCAUUAUUGAGACAAGAAAACGAUAAGUUAAGAGCUGAGAACAUGUCUAUUCGUGAAGCAAUGAGGAAUCCAAUCUGCACCAAUUGUGGUGGACCUGCCAUGCUCGGUGAUGUCUCUCUUGAAGAACAUCAUCUCCGUAUCGAAAACGCUCGUUUAAAAGACGAGCUUGAUCGUGUCUGUAACCUCACCGGUAAAUUCCUUGGCCACCACCAUCACCACUACAACUCUUCCCUCGAACUCGCUGUCGGCAACAACAAUGGCGGAAACUUCGCUUUCCCUCCUGAUUUCGGCGGUGGUGGUGGUUGCUUACCGCCGCCUCAGCAACAGCCGACAGGGAUUGAUGGGAUUGAUCAGAAGUCAGUUUUGCUGGAGCUUGCUUUAACCGCAAUGGAUGAGUUAGUGAAGCUUGCUCAUAGUGAAGAACCGUUAUGGGUCAAAAGCUUAGACGGUGAGAGAGAUGAGCUAAACCAAGAUGAGUACAUGAGAACAUUUUCAUCCACUAAACCAACCGGUUUAGCUACCGAAGCUUCUAGAACCUCCGGUAUGGUCAUCAUCAAUAGCUUAGCUCUCGUCGAGACUUUAAUGGACUCCAAUCGGUGGACGGAGAUGUUUCCGUGUAACGUCGCAAGAGCUACAACCACCGACGUUAUAUCCAGUGGGAUGGCUGGAACAAUAAAUGGUGCACUUCAACUGAUGAAUGCGGAGCUACAAGUUCUGUCUCCGUUGGUCCCGGUUCGCAAUGUAAAUUUCCUCCGGUUCUGCAAACAGCAUGCGGAGGGUGUGUGGGCGGUGGUGGAUGUAUCAAUUGAGCCCGUCCGGGAAAACUCCGGUGGCGCCCCGGUAAUCCGGAGACUGCCAUCAGGCUGUGUAGUGCAGGAUAUGUCCAAUGGAUACUCUAAGGUCACGUGGGUGGAGCAUGCAGAAUAUGACGAAAACCAAAUCCACCAGCUGUACAGGCCAUUGCUACGGUCAGGCCUUGGUUUUGGCUCGCAAAGAUGGCUCGCUACCCUUCAGAGACAGUGCCAGUGUCUCGCCAUCCUCAUGUCUUCCUCCGUUACGUCUCACGACAACACAUCUAUAACGCCUGGUGGUCGGAAAAGCAUGCUGAAGUUAGCUCAACGUAUGACGUUCAACUUCUGCUCGGGAAUCUCCGCGCCGUCAGUCCACAGUUGGAGCAAGCUCACUGUCGGAAAUGUUGACCCAGACGUUCGAGUUAUGACCCGUAAGAGUGUGGAUGAUCCAGGGGAGCCUCCGGGGAUUGUUUUGAGUGCAGCCACUUCUGUUUGGCUUCCGGCUUCGCCGCAGCGUCUGUAUGAUUUCUUGCGGAAUGAACGGAUGAGAUGCGAAUGGGAUAUUCUAUCCAACGGUGGUCCCAUGCAGGAGAUGGCCCACAUCGCCAAAGGUCAAGAUCAAGGUGUCUCUCUGCUCCGCUCCAAUGCAAUGAACGCGAAUCAGAGUAGUAUGCUAAUUCUUCAGGAGACUUGCAUAGACGCAUCUGGAGCGCUUGUAGUCUACGCGCCUGUCGACAUACCCGCCAUGCAUGUUGUGAUGAACGGUGGUGAUUCAUCCUACGUGGCUCUCCUUCCGUCCGGUUUUGCUGUUCUACCUGACGGAGGCAUUGACGGUGGUGGGUCAGGUGAUGGUGAACAGCGACCGGAUGGUGGUGGAUCCCUCUUGACGGUGGCGUUUCAAAUCCUUGUUAACAAUCUCCCAACGGCAAAACUCACGGAGAAUACAGAGAGUAGACCAACAAUGGCUUCUGUUGUUGUAAUGCUCAAUGCAAAUGCUAUCACUUUACCGAGACCCUCACAACCCGCGUUUUACUCGGGAGAUGGAGAAUCUUUUGCAAGACUCAACAAUCACACAAGUUAUGCGUCUUUGAAUGAUGUUGCAAUUACUGACUUAGCACAACAAAUCUCCGUUGACAUAAACAGUACUGUAUGGGAUUUUCCCUCAAACCCAUUAUGUUUAUCCCCACAAAGCAACUUCGCCGAAUCCCAAUUCUCCAAAAACCUAAACAGUCUUGUCUCUUCAAUCCCUUCUCUCAAGUCCAACACCUACAACUUCUACACUCUCUUUGUCGGAAGAAUUUCGGAUCAAGAACGAGUCGAGGCUAUCGGGAUCUGCAACAGAGUAGUCAAUCGAGUAGAUUGUCUUAACUGUGUCGCUCAAGCCGCAGUGAAUCUAACUACAAUGUACUGUCCACAAAGUAGGGAAGCUUACGUGCGUGCCACGAAAUGUAUGUUUCGUUACUCAGACAAACCCAUUUACGGGAAACUCGAAACGAGUCCUGUUCUGGAAGCACCGAAUCUGAGCAACGCUAAGGGAGAUAGAAACGAGCUUAUUCGGUUGCAGAGCGAGUUACUUAACCGACUCAGAUCCAUGGCUGCAGCAGGUGGCUCUAAGAGGAAGUAUGCUCAAGGAAAUGAUCCUGGCUCUCCGCCUUACAGCACAUUCUUUGGUGCCGUGCAGUGCACGCCGGAUUUGUCUGAGAAAGACUGCAACGACUGUCUCUCUUAUGGUUUCGGUAACGCGACGAAAGGGAGAGUUGGGAUCAGGUGGUUUUGUCCAAGCUGUAAUUUUCAGAUAGAGAGUGACUUGAGAUUCUUCCUUCUCGAGUCCGAGUAUGAGCCUGAUCCAAAACCAGGCAAAGAUCUCGAAGAGCUUAUGAUUAAAGAUGCACAAUUAUUGCAACUUGACUUUGAUACCAUAAGAUUAGCAACUAAUGACUUCUCUCCAAACAACCAGCUCGGAGAAGGGGGCUUCGGUGCAGUUUAUAAGGUAUGGAAAAGCUGGAGAGAAGGGAAAGUGUUAAACAUUGUGGAUCCAAGUUUGAUUGAAACAAGAGGUCUAAGUGAUGAAAUCAUGAAAUGCAUUCACAUUGGUUUGUUGUGUGUCCAGGAGAAUGCAGAGAGUAGACCAACAAUGGCUUCUGUUGUUGUAAUGCUCAAUGCAAAUGCUAUCACUUUACCGAGACCCUCACAACCGGCUUUUUACACAGGAGAUGGAGAAUCAUUUCCAAGAUACAACAAUCAGAUCAAUCAUAUUGCGUCUUUGAAUGAUGUUACAAUUACUGAGUUGGAUGCUCGUUAAAUUACUGUGUAAAAGACAAAAAUAGAAUUUUCUAUUUGCUUAAAAGUUUAAUUCAAAAUGUCACUAUGAUUUUUGGAUCUGUUGUGAAAGAUUUGUUAUGUGAUUAUUUGUAUGAAAAACCAGUUUUGAAUAUAGUUCUUCUUCUAGGUUUCUGUUUUUUGUUCCUCCAUAUAGGAUUUAAGAACUAAUUUUGACAAGUAUUCUCAUUCAUAAAAGUUACUUUUACAU